AUGAGUUCAACUCAAGAUGGUCAGUCGGUUCGAUCCGGCCAGGAUCUCGCUUGAGCAUCUUCUGCUGCAGCCAUCCCUGCCCUGCAGUCGUGUCUCCCAUCUGACGCAGCCCCGCUUCCCCUCCCUCAUGCGCCCUCACGACCCACCACCACGCGCUGCCCGGCUCCGGCGCGACCGCUCGACCGCUCGACCGCUCGAAUGACCCGACCCGACUCGCCCCUUCAUUGUAUUCCUGGCGUGCCAAUUCGCAGUAUUUGCCGAGACACCGCUCACACCCCCGGAUGCGAUCUUCGCGUUAACGGCCAACUACAAGGCCGACUCGUUCGCGCAAAAGGUCAACCUCGGUAUCGGCGCUUACAGGACAAACGAGGGCAAGCCUUACGUGCUCCCCGUCGUCCGCAAGGUAAGCCAUCGGGACUGCAUCGCUUCGGUGGGGGGAAGUUGCAAGCCAUUCGACUGGAGGCAUACCGCACGAUGAGUAGUACAGCGUUGCAUUGGACUUGAUCGACUUGGGCUGCGCCAUCCCGGACCCCAGCCCCCGGUCCCCACGUUCGAUCGCUCGGCAAAGCUCGGCAUCUUCUUCAUCGCACUGUGUCGACUCCGGGCGGGCCUUCUAAUUGUCGAUGAUGUCUAGAAUACAAGCUAGACCGAUCGUCGACCGGACGGCUUCGUCCGCAGGGCGCGACGCGAGAGGGCCGCAGAUCGAUGAGAUUGCCCCCCACCUCAACCGACUUGACUCGAUUCAGGCCGGGGCCGCUCGAUACAAGGUUCGUUUCCAUCCCUCGCGCCCUCUUGACUGACGCAGUUACGUCAUCUCUGCUUCCAUCGUCACAGGCCAAGUUGGAGAUCGCGCAAGAUGAAACACUCGACCACGAAUACCUCCCCAUCGCCGGCCUGCCGACCUUCACUCAAGAGACGAGCAAGCUCAUCUUUGGCGCCGACAGUGCCGCUCUCAAGGAAGGCCAAGUGUCUACGUAGGUGCCUUACCACGCGCUCGAAAGUGAGGAAGUGCUCCGAUUCUGACGCUUUACAUCGUCUGUGAUGCGACCUCACAGUAUCCAGACCAUCUCCGGCACCGGCGCGAACCAUACUGGGGCGGCAUUCCUCGAGCGAUUCUACGGGCCGUGGAAGGGCAAGUUGCAGAAGGAGAAGGUCGUCUACGUGUCCAAUCCUACCUGGGGUGAGUCGAGGUGUGAUUACGGGAUGCUAUCGGCGACCCAAACCUGACCAGACCCUGGUCCAUCCCCACAGCCAACCACAAGUCGAUCCUAACGAACGUCGGGUGCACGGCCGUCGACUACCCUUACUACGACCCCCAAACGAUCGGUCUCGCUUUUGAAAAGUUCACCGCUUUCUUGAACGAGGCACCACCUCAGUCGGUCUUCCUCUUGCACGCGUGCGCCCACAACCCGACCGGUGUCGACCCGACUCGUGACCAGUGGAAGCAUAUCGCCGACAUUUUCCAGGCCAAGGGACACUAUGCCUUCUUCGAUUGUGCCUACCAGGUAGAUUGACUAUACCCUCGCCGGCGGAAGAUGUGGGGGUGCUCAAGACGAUCUGGCACUGACGAAUAGUCGAAUUCGCUCUCUCACUCGCACAGGGCUUUGCCUCGGGCGACCUCGACAACGACGCCUGGGCCGUGCGCUACUUCGUUUCGCGGAAUAUUCCCCUGCUCGUUUGCCAGUCGUACGCCAAGAAUGCGGGUCUCUACGGCGAGCGUAUCGGUGCGCUCAACAUCGUGGCUGCGCACAAGGGCGACGUCGAAGGUGGUUCGGACCGAAUCGAGUCGCAGCUGUUGCUGCUGCAGCGAUCCGAGAUCUCGAACCCUCCGACGUACGGUGCACGCAUCGUGGCUCUGAUCCUUAGCAAACCCGAGCUGUUCGAGGAGUGGAAGCGGGACAUCAGGGGCAUGGCUGAACGAAUCAUCGAGAUGCGUCAGCAGUUGUACAAUCUGCUUGUGGAGAAGUACAAGACCCCAGCUCCCGGACCGAACGGCUGGAAGCACAUCACGUCGCAGAUCGGCAUGUUCUCUUUCACCGGAUUGAAUCGUAAGUCGCAGUCUAUGCUCGAAGUUUGGCUCGAUUCAACACCCUGCUGACCCCCCUCCUCCCGCUGGGUUUUCGCUCAGCCGCUCAAUGCAAGGCGCUCUUGGAGAAGGGUCACAUCUACCUCACCGCGAACGGUCGCAUCAGUAUGGCCGGGCUGAACGCCAACAACGUCGAUUACUUUGCUCAGUGCGUCGACAAGGCCGUCCGAGGUACUCUUUAA